AUGUCGGGAAUGUUGCGCUUGAAUCCGCCCAGAGUCCAAGUUGGGCUUGUUUCUCGGUCAUGGGAACCCUUCUUGAUCAGGAGCCAGGUUCAAAGAAACCAGAAGGAGCAGUUGGGCAAAACUGCAGGCUGUGCAUGGAGCUGCGCUGGCUCUAUAGCCAUAGCCCCAGCGAUCUGCUUGGCGCGGAGCGUGCGCCGAAACCGACUGGCACGGAAUAUCUGUGCAGCCGGGACGUGCAGAAGUCAGUUUCGAGGAGCUUCUUCUCUGGGAGCUGCGAGGCGUUCCUUGUCAUCCGUGAAGCUGGGCCGACGACCAGUUCCGGACGAGACAGGUUUGCCACCGAUGAGUGCAGAUGGAGGUGGAGAAGAUGAGUUCCAGGAAUACUGGGAAUGGUUUCAGAAGCCGCAGUCUUGGCCUGAGGGUUGGAUUGAGAGGCGCACACACCCUCAAGUUGGAGUUCGACCAUACUGGUACAACACCGGGACGCGGCAGACCGUCUUCGAGCCACCGGCAUGCCUUGAGAACCAGAGUUCUGAGCCAAUCCAGAGAAGAGAAGAACCGCUGGAGAUAGAAGGUGCCGUAGCAGACCUUUCGGUCAAAGAGCUACGGCAGAAGCUGCAAGAUCCCGAAGAGAUCGAGCGUCUUGCGCUGACCGAUGAUGCACUUGCCUGUCGGGCAGUUUGGGAGUACGAGACAUUUAUCCCUCGUGUUCUUUCAUGGCAUGACUACCAGUAUAACACCUUCUGGUUCUUUAUCGACGAUCGCGAUGAGAAAGGCAAGCGCGGAGGGCGCGGCCAGGGUUUCUUCGGGGCCGAGGCAGACAAGAACAAGAAGAUGUUUGCUCAUCAUGGUUUCUUCGAAGCGGUUGCAGAAGUUGCAAGCCAGCGACUUGAAAAGAUCCAUCCGAUCAACCUUGUUUACCUGUUGUGGACGUUUACUCGAGCAGGAGUCCGCGCUCAACGAUUCUUCAACCAAGCCGCAGACCAUUUUUGCAACGGUCUGCUGCCAUCACUGGAUCGCUGCGGCUUGGGAACUCUGGUGUGGUGUUACGCAAAGCAAAGGUUUCGGCAUCACAGGCUUUUUGAUGAAGCUGCCAAAGAGCUGCAGCGCGCUGUUCGCGUAAGGUCCCUUGCGCCCAGAAAUUUUCAAAACACGAUGAUCGCUUUCCGCUGGUACGGGAUGGGCCGUGCCUCCCAGCGAUCGCUCAUCGACAUGCUAGCGGCCUGGCUUCCUCGGAUGCUCGACGACCACGAUGAGCGGAGGCCGAAGUUGAGGCCUGAUGUCAUGUUCUCGUACACGUGCAAAGACGGCUCCGUAGUACCAGCCGAUUCUUUCCGCAUCAGUGGUCUGAAUGUCAUUGCUCGUGGCUUCGUGCACUUGGAUGCCAGCAGCGAGCCCGUUGAGGCAUGCCUUGCCUCCAUGACAGACUACGUGCUCCGGAGCGCACGGCGCUCUCCAACGUGGAUGCGGACCGACGGCGAUGUCGCAGUCUUCACCACAGUUGUGGCUGAGGCCGUUGUCAAGGGCUGGCCCAGUGCACCAGGCUUGCUCUCAGAGCUGGAGGCCGAGCUGCCGCUGGUACGACGGGGAGCAAGGCAGCGGGAGCUGGAGCCUUAG